AUGGAUGUAUCAUGUACCCUGUAUCACGUCAUGGAGGAUAUGGAUGUAUCAUGUCAUGUAGGAUAUGGAUGUAUCAUGUACCCUGUAUCAUGUCAUGUAGGAUAUGGAUAUAUCAUGUACCCUGUAUCACAUCAUGUAGGAUAUGGAUGUAUCAUGUACCCUGUAUCACGUCAUGGAGGAUAUGGAUGUAUCAUGUACCCUGUAUCACAUCAUGUAGGAUAUGGAUGUAUCAUGUACCCUGUAUCACAUCAUGUAGGAUAUGGAUGUAUCAUGUACCCUGUAUCACGUCAUGUAGGAUAUGGAUGUAUCAUGUACCCUGUAUCACGUCAUGUAGGAUAUGGAUGUAUCAUGUACCCUGUAUCAUGUCAUGUAGGAUAUGGAUAUAUCAUGUACCCUGUAUCAUGUCAUGUAGGAUAUGGAUAUAUCAUGUACCCUGUAUCAUGUCAUGUAGGAUAUGGAUAUAUCAUGUACCCUGUAUCAUGUCAUGUAGGAUAUGGAUAUAUCAUGUACCCUGUAUCAUGUCAUGUAGGAUAUGGAUAUAUCAUGUACCCUGUAUCACGUCAUGUAGGAUAUGGAUGUAUCAUGUACCCUGUAUCAUGUCAUGUAGGAUAUGGAUGUAUCAUGUACCCUGUAUCAUGUCAUGUAGGAUAUGGAUAUAUCAUGUACCCUGUAUCAUGUCAUGGAGGAUAUGGAUGUAUCAUGUCAUGUAGGAUAUGGAUGUAUCAUGUACCCUGUAUCAUGUCAUGUAGGAUAUGGAUGUAUCAUGUACCCUGUAUCAUGUCAUGUAGGAUAUGGAUAUAUCAUGUACCCUGUAUCAUGUCAUGUAGGAUAUGGAUGUAUCAUGUACCCUGUAUCAAGUCAUGUAGGAUAUGGAUGUAUCAUGUACCCUGUAUCAUGUCAUGUAGGAUAUUGAUAUAUCAUGUACCCUGUAUCACGUCAUGUAGGAUAUGGAUGUAUCAUGCUAUGGUAUUACACAUGUAUCCAGUUAUCGAUGUAUCACACGGUAUGAUGUGGAUGUUUUAUGUAUAUGUACCAGGUGUGUCUCCGUAUCAUGCACCCCACAUCACACACCAUGCUUGAUAUGCAUGCACACAUACCUUGACAAUGCACAGAGAGAUGAGUGUUGUAUGGUCAAGUUAUACUGUGUGAGACGGCCACUGGUAUAGAUGCAAUGUUUCCUAAUUGGGCAAAAACCUACUUUGCACUCUGCAGUUUGGUGACAUUAAGCACUUAAAAUAUGUUACCAUGGUAACUCACAAAUAUGUGUAAAUAGAAUCUCUUAAAAUGACUGAAUAAAUAUAUAAAAUGACAAA